AAAGCAAGACUAAAAAUCGCUCUCAUAGAUACUGGCUACGAUCCUGAAGCCGCCUUCCUUCGCAGGAGAUAUCAUAGCAAUCGUCUAUCCAACCAUCCGCAGUACCAUUGGAAAGACUUCUGCGAAGAAAACGCUGUCAAACCAUUGGAUGCAGAUGGACAUGGUACAUCCAUGCUCUCUCUGCUUAUGCGACUUGCCCCAUUCGCAGAUAUAUGUGUGGCGCGAAUAGCACGUAUGGAUCAAGACCUGCAAGGCAAUCAAUCAAGUUCGAGCCGGAAACGCCUGGCAGAUGCGAUAAGAUGGGCGGUAGAUGAGCAUAAGGCUGAUAUUGUUUCGGCAUCUCUUGGAUGGGUCCAGGUGAACCACGAUACUGAUCGCUGUGCUGUGACAAGUGCUAUUGCCUACGCCAAACAUGCUCGUGAUGAAAACAUCCUUUUCUUUGCUUCUGCUUCGAAUUUUGGAGCAGGCAAACAUGAGCUGUUUCCAGCAAGACUUCCUGAAGUCUUCUCAAUCCGUGCGACAGACCAUGAAGGGCAACAUUGCAGCUUCAAUGCUUCA